AUGAUUUUACAGCUAAGUAAUGAAGCUGUCAAAGCUAUGUUAGAAGCAGAAAAACUAGCAGCUGAUAGUGAAGGCUGGGAAGAAAUAAAAUUAAAAGUCAAAACUGUUAAAGCUUCAAGAAGAAAAGCUGCAGGUGACCUUUACAUUGUAAGAGUUGAAGGAGAUAUGAAUAGGCCAGCCAUUGAAAUAAUGAAAUAUAUUAAAGAUAUCAACCGCAAAGUAGAAUAUGAUGACAUUUUUGAAUCAGGCUACAUCAUUGGCAUAUUAAAUGAUGAAAUGGAAAUUGCAUAA